CGGCUGUGAGAAGGAAACUGGGUAGAGAACCAGAGCGUCAGGGCGAAGCCUCUCCACCUGCACAGCCUGGGGACGAAGCGGUAGCCAGGGAGCCACGGCCACCCCAGUCCCGCUCCACUUCCAAAGGGUAAAGCCAAGCGUGGGGUAUUGGUUCUGGCAGAAGGGUCACUAUGACCACAGAAUUCCUCUCCGUGCUUUGCCUCGGGCUGUGUCUGGGCUAUGAGGAUGACAAAGAGAACGAGAAACUGUCCAAGCCCUCCCUCCAUGCCUGGCCCAGCUCGGUGGCUGAAGCCAAGAGCAACGUGACCCUGAAGUGUCGGGCUCCUUCCCAGAAUGUGACAUUCACGCUGCGCAAGGUGAACGACUCUGCAUUCCAGCGCGAACAGAGCUCGGCAGGAAGCGAAGCGGAAUUCCCCUUCAUGCACUUGAAGCCCAAGGAUGCUGGGAGGUACUUUUGUGCCUACAAGACAGCAGUCUCCCACCAGUGGUCAGAAAGCAGUGAGCACGUGCAGCUGGUGGUCACAGAUAAACACGAUGAACUUGAAGCUCCCUCGAUGAAAACAGACACCAGAGCCAUCUUUGUCAGCAUCUUCAGCUGUGUCUCCAUCCUUCUCCUCUUCCUCUUAGUCAUCGUCAUCUACAGAUGCAGCCAGAACGGUUCCUCGCCUGAAGAAUCCUCCAAGAGAACCAGUCAUUCCAAACUUCCAGAACGAGAGGCUGCUGAUACAGAUUUAUUCAAGAUGGAAAGGGUAUAUGUCUCGACCGCAGACCCCCAAGGAGUGACCUCUGCUGAGCUAAGCACCCACGCCCUGUCUGAGGCAGCUGCUGACACUACCCUGGAGCCCCCAGGAUCUCACGAAUAUGUGGCACUGAAAGUGUAGCAACAAGACAACACAGGCCACCGAAGGAGGGGGUAUUGUGCCGGCUGAGGUCAUUGAA